AUGACGGCUUAUAACUUCAGAUCGCUGCUACUAGCAGUAAUCGUAUUAAGUAAUUGUAUAACAUGGACCGCUUCGAGACACCAUUACGCACACAAUGUUCACCAACACCGCACCAGACACAGGCGGCAAGGCGCCGGCCUAUAUCUACCUGCAUCCUACGUCAUACCUGGAGGAGAGGGGUCGGGGCCCUGGGGGGACUGGGGUGAAAUCUCCCCUUGCUCUAGGACCUGCGGAGGAGGUGUAGCCAGCCAGAAGAGAAUAUGUCUAGAGCCAGGACCACAGAACUCGUGUACUGGCGGCGACACGAAGUACUUCUCGUGCCAGACUCAGGACUGUCCCGCCGGCUCGGGCGACUUCAGAGCCGAGCAGUGCGCAGAGUUCAACGACAAAGAGUUCAGGGGCUACAAGUACAAUUGGGUGCCGUACACAAAAGCCCCAAACCCUUGCGAGCUGAACUGCAUGCCACAUGCAGAGCGGUUUUACUUCCGACACAAGCAGCGCGUGGUAGACGGCACCAGGUGUAAUGAGGACUCCUUCGACGUGUGUGUCAACGGUGUCUGUCAGCACGUGGGCUGUGACAUGAUGCUGGGCUCCAGUGCCAGAGAGGACAAAUGUCGGGAGUGCAGAGGGAACGGCACCAACUGUCACACCAUGGAGGGAUUAUUCGACUCUCAAGAUCUCUUAAAAGGCUACAACGACAUCCUGCUGAUUCCUGAAGGCUCCACCACUAUCAUUAUUGAGGAAAUAGAACCUUCCAAUAACUACUUAGCAUUAAGAGCUAAAAAUGGCACGUACUACCUAAACGGUCACUACCACAUCGACUUCCCGAGGAGUAUCAUGAUCGCUGGUGCUCUCUGGACAUACGAGCGCAGCCAGCAAGGUUUCCCUGCGCCUGACAAACUCCGCUGCUUGGGACCUAUCACAGAACCUCUGUAUCUUUCCCUUCUUCUUCAAGAUGUGAAUGUAGGAAUCAAAUACGAGUACAGCAUUCCCAACAACUCUACGCCUCCGACCGACAAGCAGUACAAUUGGGUACACGAAGAAUUUACACCAUGCAGCGCCACCUGCGGCGGAGGUUUUCAAACCCGCAACGUGACAUGCAGAUCGAGGGAGGAGUUGGAGGUGGUUGAUAGCAACUUAUGUGAUGAGGGUCUGAAGCCCCCCACGAACCAGUCCUGUAAUCAAGACCCGUGCCCUGCGCAGUGGGUGGCGGGACCUUGGGGAGACUGCUCUAAGAGGUGUGGCAGCGGAGGCAUUAAGUCUCGGGAGGUCACCUGCCAGAAAGUCAUUGCUAAUGGCAUCGCAUCCAUAGUCCCUGAUAAGGAGUGCUUCGACUUAUUGGGUCCAAAACCUGAGCUGUUCCAAAAGUGUAACGAAGAUGCGCCCUGUCCAGACUGGUUCGUAGGACACUGGAAACCGUGUGACAAACUGUGUGACGAGGGCAAGCAGACAAGACAGGUGGUAUGUCGCCAGAAGAUCAAUGGCCGUGUGACAGUUCUAGGGGAUGGAAACUGCACAGACGAGAAACCAACAGCUGAGCAGAAGUGUAUGAUACAGCCCUGCGAUGGUGUGGACUGGGUGACUUCCGACUGGACUGGGUGCGACACCUGCUUUUCAAAAUUGAGGACGCGAUCUGUAACUUGCGCGACAAAGGGUCAGCAGGUCUUAAACGAUAGUUUCUGUACAUACCAUAACCGUCCAGUGGAGCAGGAAGAGUGUGAUGAAGCCAAGCUGCCACCGUGCGAGGUGCAGUGGUACGCCACACAAUGGAGCAAGUGUUCCGUUGAGUGCGGCGAUGGAGUUCAGACCAGGAAGGUGUUCUGUGGCUUGCUUAGUGACGAUAGCGUGGAAAAAGUAGAGGACUCCAAGUGUGCUCACCUCCCGAAGUACAAUGAGACCAAACCUUGUUCUGUACCCAAAGAGAAGUGUCCAGCGCAGUGGUUCACUGGACCCUGGACAGAGUGCACCAAAAAAUGCGGCGGAGGGGAGCAAUACAGACGCGUGAUGUGUCUGCGAGGGUCUGAACAGUCCUCCGACUGUCCUGGUGAUAUGGUGCUGGAUUCCACGCAAUUCUGCAACACUGGACCUUGCGACAAAGAUGAUCUGCUGCCAGUGGACAAGAAGUCUACCGUUGUUAUGGAUGAUGACGAUGAUUACUGUGAUGAAGAUGCGGAGAUGGAAGAAGUUGGUUUAGAUCUCGAUAUAACUGAUACUACGCCUGACUUACCUCUCAGCGACUCUCCAAUAACCAGUUACGCUGAACAUGAAGUUUCUUUGGAUACUGGAUCCGGAUUUACAUCGUUGUCGACGGAUGAUCUGACGACAGACGAGGGCUCCGGGUUCAGUAGCCUAUCGACAGACACGACGGACCUCACUGACUACGAUGAUGAUGGUUCUGGUGAAACCACAGUAAAAUCGUUAGUUUCCACAACUACAACUCGAAAACCACCUCUAGAGCCUGAUGUUGUUGCAAGCAGCGCUACCAAACUUGGUUCAUCGCCUACUGACUCAACGUCAAGCGAUAGCGAUUCAACCGACAGUGAAACAGGUUCUACACCGACUGGUCUCACUGACGACACCGAGGAGACAGCGUCUACUGAUGGAAGCUCAACUGAUUCCACUGGAUCUACUGCUGAACCCGCAUCCACAUCCUCCGACGAGACUGGUGCUACAAGUUCGACUGAAGCUGAUACCAAAGAUACUGAUGCCACAGAAUCAACGGUAGAAGCAAGCAGCAACGCUACUGAAAGCGACUCUACCUCCUCAGACGAGACUGGUGCUACAAUUUCGACUGAAGCUGAUGCCAAAGAUACUGAUGCCACAGGAUCAACGACAGAAGCAAGCAGCGUCUCUACUGAAAGCGACUCUACAUCCUCAGAUGAGACUGGUGGAACUGGUUCAACUGAAGCAGUUACGAAAGAUACUACAGGAUCAAAAGAAGAAGAAGAUACAUCAAGCACAGACAGCAGUCUCUCUACUGACGUUAAGGGAACAUUAUCUACAGAAGCAACCAGUUCAGCGGCAUCUGAAAGCAGUACUGAAAGUACCGAUUCUUCUAGCGACUCCGACAAGACCACACUGACUGCAGAAGAAAGCUCUACUGAAAAUGCUUCAACAGGAUCUGUUGGAACAGAUAAGACUACUUCUACUGGAGAAACUGAUUCAACUGUUACAAAAGAAACAAGUGGUACUGAGCUGACAAGCUCUAAAGACACUGAUUCCACUGAAUCUACAGUCACAAAGGAAACUAGUUCUACUGAAUCCACCGCAGCUACUGAAGAAUCUAGUUCGACUGAGUCUUCGCCUACAGACACAUCUAGCUCUACUGAAUCUGCACCUACUGAAGAAUCAAGCCCCUCAGAAUCCACUAUCACUGAAGAAACAGACACCACUGGCACAACAGACGCAAGUGAAACUGAUUCAACAGUCACUGAAAUUACCGAAACAGCUACAAACACAGACUCAACAGAUACUGAAGAAACAACAGAUGAUCUAUCCACUACAGAUUUGACAACGUCGGCUGCUUCAAAGGGUUCAACGAUCACAACGCGCAAGAUGCCAACCGAACCUGCCGAAACCACUACUCCUAAAGAAAUAAGUACUUCUGAUAGCUCUGAGUCGACAUCUGAAACAGAUUCUACAUCUAACGUCGAAUCUACUACUACGUCAGGAUUAGCUACAGGAGAGUCGGACUCAACCACUGAGGAAUCAGGUGCGACUACCGAGGAGUCAGGCCCAACAACUGUAGAAUCAGGUUCAACGACCGUAGAGUCAGAAUCAACGUCUGUUAAAUCAGAUUCGACACCAGUAGAAUCAGGUUCGACCACAAUAGAAUCAGACUCGACUACAGUAGAAUCAGAUUCGACAACCGAAGAAUCAGGUUCAACAACUGUAGCAUCAGGAUCGACAACUGUAAAAUCGGAAACAACAACUGAAGAAUCAGGCUCAACAACCGCUGGAUCUACAGAUUCAGAAGAAACUAAGGAAAGCACUACAGCUGGUGCUGAGACCACUACCGAAGCCGUUGAAAGUAGUUCACUUGCGGAAUCAACUGAAGGUAAAUCUACUACGGAAGAAACAAGCACGGAAGCUGUAACCAGCACACCAGAAGGAGAAACAACUGUUGAGACUACUGGAAGUAGCGUGUCUGGAUCAACUGAGGAAAGUUCUGCUGCCUCAGAAAGCGAGUCUACAGUAGAAAGUGAAUCUACUACAGUUGCUGGUGAAACAACGACAGAAAUCAGUGGAUCGUCCACAGAACAAUCUACUGCUGAGUCUAGUGAAGAUACUGCGUCAACAGAGUCACCAGUAGAGAGCUCUACUCUAUCAGAAAGCACGACUGGCUCAGAAACUUCUACGAUCUCCGAGGACAAUACUACUAUUGAAGCAGGCACUGAAGAGACAACAGGACUUUCAGGCCUUACGACAACAGAAGAACCUACGACGGGAGGAGUACUUACUACCAAAGCAUCAUGGCACGAUGUUCUCCUAACAAAAACCACGUGCAAGCCUCGUAGGAAACGCAAAUGUAAUAAGACGAAGUUCGGUUGCUGUCCUGAUAACAAGACCGCCGCUUUGGGUCCAUUCGACGAAGGCUGUAGCAAACCACGCACUUGCAAGGAUUCCACCUACGGUUGCUGUCCUGAUGGUGUGUCCCCGAAGCUUGGCGACACUGAUGAAGGCUGCCCCGUGGAGGCGUGCGCAGACACACUGUUCGGCUGCUGCCUCUCUGAUAACAAGACCGCAGCUCAAGGCAAUGACCAGGAGGGAUGCCCACCACCACCGCCAGCAUGCGCAACGGCUGAGUUUGGAUGCUGUGCUGAUAACGAGACUGAAGCCACCGGACCCGAAAAGGCAGGAUGCCCUGAAACUUCAACCACUGCAGCUGGUGCAGAAACCACAACUGAAGCUCUUGAAACGAGUGAAGGAAGCACGACCGGAGCAGACACCACGGCGGCAGGUAGCACGGAGGUCGGUAGCACCACCCUGGACCUAUGCAGUGGCUUCGAGUUCGGAUGCUGCGCUGACAACCAGACUGAAGCCAAGGGACCCGACGGUCAGGGAUGUCCAUGCAACGCUACUGAGUUUGGUUGCUGUCCUGAUGGUGUCUCUCCAGCUAAAGGAGCAGACAGUGAAGGUUGCCCGGGUCCCUGCAGUACAUCACCGCACGGUUGCUGCGAGGACAACAAGACCCCUGCUCACGGACCGAACUUCGAAGGAUGUUGCUUAUUGCACGCGUUUGGAUGCUGCCCAGACAACCGCAAGCCUGCCGAAGGACCACAUCUUGAAGGAUGUGGAUGUCAGUACUCGCUCCACGGAUGCUGCCCUGACAACGUUACCAUCGCUCAGGGAGCAGACAACCAGGGCUGCGGCUGUCAGUACACACAGCAUGGCUGCUGUCCGGACAGACACACGGCUGCCUCUGGCCCCGACAACGAAGGCUGUGGCUGCAGCACGCACCAAUUCGGUUGCUGUCCUGACGGCGUCACCAUCGCCAAGGGACCUGAACAGCAGGGCUGCCACUGCCACUACUCCUUGUACGGCUGCUGUGGAGACGGCGUUACUCCAGCGACUGGUCCUGACGCUGCAGGCUGCGACUGCUCCUCCAGUAAACAUGGUUGCUGCCCCGAUGGAACUACUGAAGCGGCUGGUCCUAAGUUCUUUGGGUGUACUGAUGUUCCUGAAAAUAAACAAGCUGCCUGCAGCUUACCCACGGACCCAGGCUCAUGUCACAACUUUACGGCGAUGUGGUACUUCGAUAUGACAUACGGAGGCUGUUCCCGUUUCUGGUACGGCGGCUGUGAGGGCAACGGUAAUCGCUUCGCCACUAAAGAGGACUGUGAGGACGUGUGUGUACAACCUUCACCUAAAGACGCAUGCAACCUUCCGAGCGUAAAGGGUGCCUGUGAUGGUAGCUACGAGCACUGGCACUACAACAGCACGCGCGAGCAGUGUGUUCCGUUCCUGUACGGAGGAUGUCUCGGCAACGCCAACAACUUCGAGACACGGGAGCUCUGCCAGAAGCAAUGCGAACCUAAAGCAGUUGAAGGGCAAUGCGACCUGCCAAUCGAGCAGGGCUCGUGUGCCGGCAACUUCAGCCGCUGGGGCUUCAACCCUGACACUCGCAGCUGCGAGCAGUUUAUAUGGGGAGGAUGUGAGGGCAACUCCAACCGGUUCAAUACUGAGGCCGCUUGUCAGAUGCGCUGCAACCCACCAGGGUCACAACCACCUCAGUGCGCAGAGCCACAGGAAGCAGGCUCUUGUGGCAAUAAGGAAGCUCUCUGGUCCUUCAGUGUGUCAGAAAACCGCUGCGUACCAUUCUACUACAGCGGCUGUGGAGGCAACAACAACCGGUUCCCGUCCAGGGAGGCUUGUGAACAGACCUGUCCUGCCGCUUACGUGCCCGAUAAAUGCACGCUGCCCGCUGAAACCGGUCAGUGCUCCAACUACAGGGAACGGUGGUUCUUUGACACCACGUUCAAGAGAUGUCGUCAGUUCUACUACGGAGGUUGUGGAGGUAACGAGAAUAACUUUGCCACCGAGGCGGAGUGUGAAAACUCGUGCUCCGAGCUUAAGACAACUACUACGACCACCACCACUACCACCACGGCUAGACCUGCGGAACCUCAGCCGGCACCACGACCCGAAGAACCAUCGAGACCUGAUAUUUGUUUCCUGGAGAUCGACGCUGGUCCUUGCACCAACAUGCAGACUCGAUUCGCGUAUGAUAGCAAGCUGGGUCGCUGUAUCACCUUCCAGUACGGAGGCUGUGCCGGCAACCAGAACAACUUCCCAGACUUGGAGUACUGCACCUUCUACUGCCACCCCAUACAGGAUAUCUGUCAACUGCCGAUGUUGUCUGGACCCUGUGACGACUCACAGAUGCGCUGGUUCUACGACCCCAGCUCUGACUCCUGCAGUCAGUUCACGUACGGAGGCUGCGAAGGCAAUGACAACAGGUUCGAGACCCGCGAGGCUUGCGAGAGCAGAUGCAAGACCGGACCGGUGCCGGCAGCCACCACACCGUCGACCACUGUCGCAGUAGGUUCAAGAUUCGGAGAGGACUUGGCAUCAGAAUGCAAGAUAACGGAGUCGCUUGAGGUGUGCCAACACGGCGGCCUGGUGUGGUACUUCGAGCCAGAUCAACGGGAGUGCGUAUCACACUCUAACCGGGAGUCUGGCGCGGUCUGCAGACACACUGGCACCUUCACAUCACAGGAGGCUUGCGAGAGGUCCUGCGGAGCUUUCAGAGGAGUUGAUGUGUGCAAACAAGCUUUGGACCCAGGUCCAUGCCAGUCGUAUGUAACGAAGGUGUACUUUGACUCGGCCACCAGUCAGUGCCGUGAGUUUAGCUACGGAGGAUGUCUGGGAGGCGCUAACCGUUUCUCCACCAUUGAAGAAUGCAAUCAAGUCUGCGAAACUGCAGUUGCUGAUCCUUGCAUACUUCCGCCUGAGCCGGGCACCUGUGGGGAGUACAUUCAGCAGUGGUACUAUGACCCAGCUCGCGACCAAUGUAACCAGUUUGCGUUCACCGGCUGCGGCGGUAAUACCAACAGAUUCGAGACCCGACGUGAUUGUGAGUCUCGCUGCAAGCGACCUGAGCCAAGCACCACUACCACAGUGGCCCCACAACCACCACCGCCACCGCAAGCAGAACCAGAAUGCAGGACCCCAACUUCACUGGAACCAUGCGGCAACAACGUGACAGUGUUCUACUAUGACGCGGAGAGGCAACGGUGCCUCGUCAGCGGCUUCGGAGGUUGUGAACAUCCAAACUCCUACAGAACGGAGGAAGAGUGUGAGAGGACCUGCGGUGCCUUCCGCGGAUUAGAUGUGUGUGGCGCUUCCCUGGACCCGGGUCCGUGCCGCGCUUCCAUCCCCAAGAUCUAUUGGGACGACUUAACUGGCUCCUGUCAACCAUACGCGUACGGCGGCUGCAAUGGUGGACCCAACCGAUUCUCCAACGUCGAGGAGUGCGAGAGUGUAUGUGGAGGCACCGGACCUGCGCCGGAGUGCCUGCAGGCGGUGGACACGGGCGAGAGCUGCGGGGUCGUGGAGGCGCGGCGCUGGCACUACAGCGUAGCGCACGUCGACUGCGUCGCGUUCGUGUACCUCGGCUGCGGCGGCAACAACAACAACUUCCGCUCCUACGAAGAGUGUGCAGACGUCUGCGGACUGUCGCGCACGACCGGCCGCGAUGAUCAGAACCAAAUACCAGUACCUGACUGCACGGCUGCCCAGCAACAGUGCGAGGCAAUUGACUGCCAAUACGGUGUCGCUGAAUUCAUGCAAGAAGGAUGUAAGAGGUGUCAAUGUAAUGACGACCCAUGCAUCAGAGCAAACUGCUCGUCUCAUGAGCGCUGCGUGGCCGUGGCCGUCAGGAACCCAGCCUACCAGGAGCCACAGUAUUCUGCUACCUGUGUUGAAGAGACUAACGAGAUAGACGACUGCGAGGAGUACGUGGCGAACUGUUCGAGACUACGCUGCGAGUACAACGUCCAGCACACGCGCUUGCCGAACGGAUGCACCAUGUGUUCUUGUGUGCAGCUCGAGACCGACUGCACGCCACUGAUUAACGAGUGCGAGACCAUCGAAUGUACAUACGGUAUUCAGAAGACUGUCGGAUCCGAUGGAUGUCAGAGGUGUAGCUGCAAAGAGUAUCCGUGUGAGAAGAAAUCGUGCCCGCCCGGCGACCGCUGCGUGGUCAUCCCAUACAACGAUGGCAUCGAUCUAGUCACGAAGUAUACCGCAGAUUGCAGGACUGUGACGAAACCUGGAUUCUGUCCGAUGGAUGAAACGACUACGAACGAGGUGAUAUGUCGCCACGAAUGUAACGACGACGCUGACUGCCGAGGAGUAGGCAAGUGCUGCAGGCGCGGCUGCAGCGACCUGUGCCUGGUGCCGGUCGAGCAGACGUCCCCGCCUACAGUCAUCAACACUACUUUGGCACCUGACGUACCAGCGCCACCACAAGCGUUGCCGCAGCAAGAGCCCCAGGUGGCAGCUUCGGAAGGUGGUAAAGCUACCCUUCGCUGUCUGUUCCACGGCAACCCUCCGCCCAAGAUCACGUGGAGACAUGGAGAGCUCACUAUCGACGGCAACGCGGGUCGCUACAGGCUGAUGUCGGACGGCGCGCUGGAGAUCGUGUCUCUAUACCGGAACGACACCGGGGUCUACAUCUGUGUGGCCGACAAUGGCCUCGGAGUGGCCACGCAGGAGAUACACCUGGUCGUCAAUGAUCCUGUGAAGGCGCCUGUUGGAAUUGCUGGAGAUGAGAAUGCCGUUGUGACCGGAGAGCUGGGCAGCCCGCUCUCAGUGCGGUGCCUGGCGUACGGAUACCCGCCGCCCACCGUAUUCUGGUACAGAGGCUAUGAUGGAACGAUGGUACCAUAUAAUGACGCCGUGUUUGAAGCGAGAGGCAAUGUGCUCCUCAUCAGAAGUCUGGCUAUCGAAACUCUUGGACAAUACACGUGCCAAGCGUACAACGGAGAAGGCAAGGCGGCAUCAUGGGUGGUCAAUGUACGCGCAUACAGACCUGACGGACUGUUCAUUGAGAAUGAGUUGUUAGUGCCGCGCGUGACAAUGGUGCCCAGGCCCAAGACACAAGCACCUACCACCGCGGAGUUAACUACUACCACGUCCACUACUGAAGCACGCAUACCUGUCUACACCGUGCCGGUGAGCGCGCACGUGUCGUCUACGUACUCCACGCUGAACGUCGGUGCAAACCUGGAGCUCACAUGCGAAGUGGAUGGGUUCCCGGCUCCAGAUGUUUAUUGGACGAAGGACAGCGUGCGUCUUCAGCACAGCGAUAGGAUUCUUAUUACUGGUAGCGAGGUGGUAUCCCGGCUGACGGUGCAGCGAGUGACAGUCUCUGACAGCGGGCUGUACGCGUGCCACGCCAGCAACCUCUACACCUCGGAAACUGACACUGCGCAGGUCAACGUGCAGCCUAAAUGCACGGACAAUCCAUUCUUCGCCAACUGCGACCUGAUCGUGCGCAGCAAGUUCUGCAGACACAAGUAUUAUUCCAAGUUCUGCUGUAAGUCGUGCGUGGAGGCAGGUCAGCUCGACCCCCAGGAUGCAGAAUUUCAAGCAGACCAGCCCUUGAAAAAGAAGAAGUAA